UAUAUAAAGUGGUGCGGCGGUGAUUGGAAGCAUCCAAGUGUAUAUUACCAAUAAUUGGACAAUAAAAAAAAAAAGUGCCCCUAAAAUGUAUACAAUCUUCGUGACGAUUACCGCGGCAAUUUUGACAGUUAAUGUGUCCACUGUCCUCGGUUGGGGCUACCGAGCGUCGGAUCAAAGACGAUGGGCGGUGCUUCACCCGGCGUGCGGCGGCCGCCAGCAAUCACCAAUCGCUAUAGCAGCCCGCCAAGCCAUUCCCAUCUCAAUACCGGCCAUGGAACUCAUUGGCUACCAAAACCCACUGCCAGGACCAUUGACUGUCACUAACAAUGGACAUUCUGUGGCUCUGACUAUUCCCAAGUAUAGUUCCGAAGAAGAGAAGAAAGGGUUCCGUCUGCCGUACAUUUUCGGGGGCCCCCUCGACAAUGAGUACGAGAUCGAGGGUCUGCACUUCCAUUGGGGGGACAAGAACAACCGUGGUUCCGAGCACACAGUCAACGACAUGCGACUCCCUCUUGAAAUGCACAUCAUUCACAGGAACAAGAAGUAUAAGAAUAUGGCCGAAGCACUCCAGCACCCUGAUGGUCUAUGUGUACUUGCUUUCUUCUAUCAGGUCGUGGAAUUUGAAGCGAAGCUUCUCACUCCCAUCGUCAAGAACUUGUCAGCUAUCGAGAACUACAAUACCAGUAUGCAGUUGCCUCAUACUUUCUCCCUGUCGUCGAUACUGGCGGGAUUGGAUUCUGAACGGUUUUACACUUAUAAGGGCUCACUGACCACUCCUCCCUGCGCUGAGGCUGUUACAUGGGUCGUCUUCUCUGACUACUUGCCGAUCUCUGUCUUCCAGAUGGACAACUUCCGCGGCCUGCUCUCCAACCUGAACCUUCCACUUGUAGACAACUUCAGACAACUCCAGCCGCUCUUCGGCCGCCGAGUCUUCGUCCGUAUCACCUCAAAGAACCCCAAAUUCAAGAAAACCAAGCUGCACUAUUCCAAGUGGGACUGGGUUGGUCACAAGAAAGCUGAGAACGACGUCGUUGAAUUUGACGAUUGAAUUUAUUUCAAUCCAUUGCGUGUCUAAUACGGGUACUUACCUAAUUCACUUGUCCAUACCAAAUAUGUGUUAUUAAUUAGUUGUUAUUUAUGAUUGUGCACAUUAUUAUGUAUAUAUGUGUGAAUAUUAGGUACUUAAUGUGAUAUAAGUUUGUUUUAAUAUUAUUAAUAAUAAAUAUUUGAAUAAUA